CUCGUUUUAAGGUGCAAAUCGUCAAACUGGCCAGAGCGGUGUUGCCUCGUUGUGACAACGAAUGAUAACAAAUGAUCACAGUUCAGAACUGCUCAGAGCAUGGCAACAUACUCACUUCUGCGAAAACUGUUAUGUAGGUUGGCACUGCUGGUGCGGUUUAACUUGUAUCGAGCAGCAAUAGUUGUAACAGACCACGCCUGUCUACGAACUAGUCAAUAUGGAAACUAAGCCAUCCUUGGUGGGACAGUUAUCAGUGUCCGAUUUAAGAGCAUUAAUUGAUGAAAAAUUAGAAAAUAUUACGACAAAAACCUCCAGUAAGAUCCAAACUCAAAUCACAGACCUCCAAGAAGAUAAUGUUACUUUAAAACAGGAGAUUGAUUCCCUAAAGAAAAAAGUAUUAAGCUUAGAUUGUUACUCUCGUAGGAAUAACGUCAUCUUUAAAGGUUUAAAACUUACAUCUGAGGAUAACUACAAAGAGGCUGUAGUAAACUUUUGCUGUGAAAUGUUUGACAUGUCAAACAAGUUGUGGGUGAACCGUGCUUACCCAAUAACCAAAAACAAAUCGUUGAUUUUAGCACAGUUUCCCGAUGACAAGGACGUACAUGAAAUUCUAUCUAAACGAUUCCAACUGAAAGGCACAGAAUAUGCUGUAUUUCAAGACCUUCCAGAAGAAGUGCGUUAUAAGCGCGCUCGACUAUUCGCAGUUAGAGCUGAAGUCGAGAGAAUUUUAGCCAUGAGGAGAAUGAUUAUUUGUUUUGAUCAUCUCAAUAUAGACGAAUGUAGGUUUACCUGGGAAAACGAAAAGUUAGUUUCUGAAGGGAUGGAUGGAUGUGAGAAAUUGAACAGACUAUUCAAUCAUGACUUUGGGGAAUUUCUAACAAAAUUGGCAGAGAACGGUCCACCAUAUCUUCACCGACCAGAACCAGUCAUCCAACCCACCGCUGCAGUGCCGACCCCGGUUAAAUCCAACUUCGAUGUUGGUGUGUUGGGUGUGUCGCUGAUCAAAGGCAGCCAAGACAAUGUACAGCGUAGGAUUAAUUGAUAAGCAGUUGCUUGUUUGUUUCUUAGAAUGUUUGAUUAUUUAAAAAAAAUGCAGAUUUAUUUUAUUUGUUAGAUUUAAGUAUGUUUUAUAUUAAUUCAAUAUAAAACCUGGUAUCAGAACAAGAGGUUUUGUUUAAAACCUGAAUAAUGGUUGGAUACCAUUCUGUUGGCAAUUAAUUCAUUUCACACAGCAUUAAUUCACCUUACACUCAUGUUUUUAAUUGUUAAAAGAUAGCAUUUAUUUUUGUUUGACAUUAGUGAGAGUUUAGCAGGUAAAGAAAACAUUUUAGCCUUUUGUAUUUUUUUAAAUUAUAAUACUUCACCAUAGCUCUCACUAUAUUUGACACAUAAUUUAUGUAGAGUAAUGUAAUGUAAAAAUAAAACUGUUAUUCUUA